GUCUAUUGAUGCAGAAUACAAACGAUUAUUCGAUUGAUUCAUUCAUUCUCGGGAACGGCGUUUUCGCAAAGACAUCAUUACCGUUCUUAACCAAUUGCACCCCUGCUUGUGUAAGCUAGCCAAGGCUUCUCUACCAGCAUCCAUUCCGAAGGUGUCGACACGUUCGCAUCAGUUGCAUCUCUAAACGGAUGGCUACUCAGAGUCUAUCGCCUACUCAGAGUCUGUCGCCUAGAAGUAGAGGUCGGCGGUUCAACAUCAUCCAGCAUCACUACGAUCAACGCCUGGGUUCCCCACGGCGCCUGGAAACCAGUACCACCAUGGACAGCCCCAAGCAGCUCGGCCGCACGCAUGUUACGUCUCCGUCGUCGAAGAGCAUGGAUGGCAGCGGUACACCAAAUAUCAUGACGGAGGACGAAAUCAAAACGCUAGUAAGGGGGGCUAUCCGCCGAGCCCGUGAUGCCAAGAAAUCCUUCAGCCCCCGGUCCAAGCGAUCGGGCGACAGCGGAAGCAGCCCCAUCGGGAGUCCGGUCCGAUCGCCACCGAUGUCCCCGAGCAAUCGGUCAUCGUCUGCCGCCCUGUCGCCGGUCAGCCCCUCCUCCACCAGGGGCCGGCCACCAAUGAAUUCCCCGUCGCGGGCUUCGCCGAAGAGGUCGAUGAUCAAGGUUCCCAGCCUGGGAAACAUCUCUGCCGCUAACAAAACCGAAGAAGCGACCAACUCMAAUAAAACGCGAACUACGAAGACUCUCGCGGAUCUCCGCAAGGAAUACAACCGAAGUCCCCCAUCCACACCAAAGCAAUCCUCGAUUGCGAGAUCGGAAUCCAUCAACACCGAAACAAAAAGCCUCGAAAUGAACCCUUCGUCCACGACCAACGGCCAGUCGAUCAUGAGCGGCAUCACGACCGACGAUGCCUCCUCGGACGACAUCAUCCGUAGGGUCGAGGAAGAGAUUGCAAACGCCCGCAAGGCGGCCCAGGAGGCGACACGCCGGCUGGCGGGGGUCAGCGCGGAUUUCAUGACCAAGAAGCGGAACCGAAUCAGCACAACCACGCGAGGCUCGGUGGACGGCACUCGUGUAGGGCUUUCAAUCACUACGGGCAAAAAGAGCGGUAAAAGCUUCGGCAAUGGCAACAACAAUCUCGACGACGAAGAACUCACGGCGGGGGAUGGAGCAACGAAAUCAUCGGUUACCACUGACAGCGAUGACAGGUUUCACUCGGCACUUAGCGUCAUUGGCAGAGAAUUCAAUGGCAGCAAGGACAUGGAUGCGAGAACCUUUUUCAGCCAGAUGAGUGGCUCGGGCAAAAACAACGCAAUCAUUUCCACCAGCGAUAGUCUUGCCGACAACGACAUGGUUUCUUGCAUGACCGAUGAGAGGAGAGAGGAUGCCAAUGGUGCUCACGACGAUUACUUGGCUUUGACUUUUUCCGCGGAGAGCAUCACGAACACUUUGAGUGCCGCCAACAACUUGUUGAACGAAUGCGAAUCGUUGUUAAUUGAUGCAAAGUCCUUCGAUGACAUGGCAGGUGAUGUCGUAGACUCUGUCAAGCCAAAACCCCACCCUGCCACCACCGCCGCACCAGCGGAAGAACAGCAGCACAAGAUUGUCUCGGAGCACUCCGACGCAAUGGACGUCGCUGAUCUACCAAGCAGCAGUGAAUCAUCGGAUUUAAGUGGCGAAGAAAGCGAUGCAAAACAAGAAAGCUUUGGUGGAAGCAGGUCGGUCGAAGAACGUGCACUGGAUACCAUUGAUGGACAACUAGAGACCAGCAGUGUGAUAAAGACUGUCAUUAGCAUAAACCGGUCGCAGGAAGUUCUUUCGAUGGACGAACUGGAGGCUGUUUUGACCGAUGAGAGAAUGGCAUUCGAUAGAGAUAGGUCAUUGAUGGAUGUCGAAGCUCUGAGUGAUGAAACAGAGUCCGACCACAAUGAACAUGAGGCAAAGGAAGAGGAAAGUACUUCCAAAUCAGACGUCAUCGUGACGCAGACUAAUGGCAGUGCCUCGCCUACCAUAGACGAUGAAACCUCUACCAAUGUUGUGGAUGAGACAGUGGCUUCGGGAGAAAAUUCAACUGCAAAAUGCCACGAAGAAGUGGUUGAAAAAUGCAGGAAGGAGAAGAGUGAAGCCAGUGCCAAUGAUAAAUCUAAGGAUGCUGUAGAAAUCAAAGACGAAGCAGCUCUCACGGUUGAAAGUACGAGUGUAGAUACCAAGCAGAAUGAAGUGCCGAACACAGCGGACAGCGAGGAAUCUGAAAGUAAUGACAAGCUAGAGGUGGAUUCGACGGCUCAAUCUAGGGAUACGGAUUCCAUGAGCUCUGAUGAGAAAAGAAUUGCCUUAGUCGUGCCCACUAAAUCACCAGCAUCGGAAGAUCAGGUCACCGAUAUUACCUCUAACAGAGUUCGCCUCACCACCAGACUUCUCCACAAUCUAUCGCUUGAGAGAGACGAGAACACUUCCCUCAACAGUGACACAAACAUUGAUUCUGGAGAGUCCAACAACAAGAAGACGACGGAACCCGAGGGACCUUCGUCGAUUUUCUUGCCCAAAUCAGUUGGUGAGCCAAUUGCAAUGAUUCGUCGUGGAAAGAAAGUGGAGUUCAAGCAACAAUAUCCGGAACCCGAAGAGAUGAGUGAAUACAGGCAACCUUCCGAAAUCGUUGCGGAUUUCCAAAUCGAAAAACCAAUCGAGAAGUUGCAGCUCGUUAAGCCAAAGAAAGACUUGAAGGCCCUCCUGGAGGCCGCCACCGGAUCUUCCAUCCAGAGAAGAAGCAACGCCUGCGGUGCAUUAAAGGUCUUGUCUACCCAGAAAAACAACCAAGUGACACUCGUUAGAACCCAUGGAUUCUUGGAUGCUCUCGUGUUUGCAAUGAGCGACAACUAUUCGAUGGCAGACACAGAAGCUGGACAAGCGGCGAGAUCGAGAGCCGUGAACGUCGUUUUGAACGUUUCCACGAAGAAAGAAAAUCGCUACCACGUACUAAUGCAUCCGGGUUUGGCGGAUGCUCUUGUGAAGAUCAUGUUGGAAGACAAGGCGGAAGCAAGAGAGCUUGCAUGUGCCACUCUGGGAACCCUCGCAAAGUCUCAACACUGCAGAGAAGACAUUGCAAAAACUGAGAAUCUCGUGGACACCCUUGCAACGAUUUUGAAGGGCGACGAUCCGUCUAUGUUCGAAACCGAGGAUAAGGCGUCAAUCGAGGAACCGAAAACCGGAUACUCCGAAGACGACGAUUUGUCUCGCGAGAUGUCCAACGACGGUUCGCAGGAUAUGUCCAACCAAGGGUCCCACGACAUGUCUCAACAAGAGUCCCACGACAUGUCCCAUGAAGGUGGUUCCCACGAUAUGUCCAACCAAGGGUCCCACGACUAUUCCCACGACGACGGCUCCCACGACAUGUCCAACCAAGGGUCCCACGACUAUUCCCACGACGGGUCUCACGAGAUGUCCCGCGUGGUUACCGACUCGUAUUCGUGUUCGUCGUCGUCCACUGUUUCUUCGUACGACGAAUCCGUGGUGGUGCCAAAAGUGGAUCUGAAGAAGAUGCGAGAAAAGAUGAGAGAGCGCACGCGGAUGAAUGCCUGCGCCGCCCUGCUGCACUUGUCGAAGGAGUGCACCGUGUCCGAGGAUCUCUGCGCGAAAAGCACGCUGCUGCUCUGCUUGGUGUCGUGCUCCAUGGACGUCGAGAACCCGAUCCACACAAAGUGCCUCGAGAUCCUGGCGAACCUGACGAGGUUCCCCCACAACCGAGCUGUCGUUGCCGGCUUCCCCGAUCUGUUCGACACCCUGAUGGCCAACGGUUCCAGCGAGGUCGACGCCGAUCGGUGCUGGACCAUGCGGAUCCUGCAAAACAUUUCGGCGGAUCCGUCGACCAAGUCGCGGCUCACGGACACUCCCCUCCUGGAGCUGCUCUGCACGAGCAUGAUGCGGCCGCAGUACCAGGAACAGCUGGCGGCCGCGUCGACCGUCUUUAACAUCUCGACGGAACCGGGAGCGGUCGUCCCGCUCACCAACACCAGGAACGUCGUGGCGACCCUGGUCCACAUCGCGCACAGCCCUGUUUCGGUGUCGGAGCUGCGAACGAUAGCCUGCGACGCCCUGGCGACGCUCGGGCUGUGGCUCCAGACGCUGGCGGGCGCCGGCACCGUUCCGGAGGAGCUGGAGGCGGGCCCUCUCCCGACCUACGUCGCGUCGGGAUGGAAACGAUGGGAAAAAUAAACUGCUCAGAAUAAUUGACAAAUGUUCGUAAUAUUAGAUUGUACCCACCUCAAUGAACACAAAUGUAUAGU